AUGCCAAGCGAGACGCGUGCGUCCACUGGCACUCUGGCCCUCUGGCACUCUGGCCCUCUGGCACUCUGGCACUCUGGCACUCUGGCACUCUGGCACUCUGGCACUCCCACGCGCGCGGCGCAGCGAGCGCUAAGUGCCCCAGACGCACCGACGUCGGACGUCGGGCGUCGCCCCACUGCACCUUUUAGCCUAACACCCGAAGGUCACGCGAUUCCGCCGACGAUCACCUUGCAUAUUGCCGCGCUGGGCUCGCGAUCCAAAAAUACCGCCGCCUUGGUGGACCUUAGCGAAAUUUCCGCGCACGGCUGCUUUAUAUUGUCGGUCCGAUAUACUGACAGUAUAUCGGCU